AUGGGAAUAAUUUUGUUGGCAUUAAGCAUAACACUAGUUUUUGCACAAGAUCCUUGCCUACACCACGGAACUCUCCUUGAGCCACACAGGAGCAGCCAGUUCCAACCGGAGCCAACGGAUCAUCUUCAAUGUGAUAACGGAUUACAGGCCGGAUGGUAUACGUUUGAUAACAAUGAUGAGAUGCCCACUUCUUGUGUGACUCAGUACCACUGCGGGACCCAUUUCCCUCUGUGGAUGCAGGGUUCCCAUCCCUCCCAGGCUGACGGUAUUGUCCACAGGAAGGCCUGCUCCAAUAUCUAUGGUAGUUCUAGUCAAAGCUGUUGUGAUUUCUCUCUAGACAUCCAGGUGAAGAAUUGUGGCAGUUUUUACGUCUACUACCUCCAGACUGUUCCAGCAUGCGCCAUGGCUUAUUGUGCAGGCAACAAGAAAGUUUGCAACGUUGGAGGUCUACCAUCCGUAGGCGGCAGCUGUCCCGAUCUUUAUCCCAAAAUGACCAGUUUGCCAGUCCUGAAAAAUCCUGAGGUAACUCCUACAAAGGAAGUUCGUUUUCCCUGUAGGAUCAACUACCCAGUAGGUCAACCUGAUGUUGGAUUCAAAGUGACUUGGACGGUAGAUGGUAAAGCGCUCAAAAAGAACGCAACACAUCCAUUGGAGAUGAUUUUGACUGGGGAUUCUAGAACUGCUUACCUUGACGCGAUGAAACUCCAGGGACAUCUUGGAAAAGAGCUGAAGUGUGUGGUAUCCUCUUUCCACCCGUCACGUGGUCCGAGUAUCAGUAGUGACUCGCUCAGUAGUAACGGUUACUGGUGUGGAAUUAGGAUGAAUCCGGACAGAAUCAAUGUGGAUGAAGGGGGCCCGGAGAAGACAGUGAAGGUAGAGUCCACCAUACCAAUACCCUGUAAGAGCUUGUUUCCUGAUGACUGUAAACUGACUGUAAAUCUAAAGGGGUUGCGUAAUCCAGCAGACGCUUCACUCUCGGGAUGUCAUCUUGACCUUAAGCUUGACAAUGUCACAGGGCUGUAUUCCACUUUUUUCAAAGUCAAAGCCACCAGAGAUUUCAUCAAAGACCACAACCAUAUCCACGAAGUGGGAUUUAAACCCAUUUUGGACUUCACGCACCCUAUGUGGAAAAAUUACACAGCUACCCCUAUUACAAUUGGUACAACGGAUAAAGACCACGGACAUUGUCUUCCUUGGGGAGAUCCCCAUUUUUCUGGAUUUGAUUAUAAAAAGAAUUAUAAUGUUUAUGAAGUGGGAGAUUUCGUUCUGUACAAAUUUCAGAACCAAAAAAGACCAUUUGAGGUUCAGUUGCGAACUUGGCCAUGUGGAAGCUACCAUCCUUGUAUCUGUGCAAUCACUGCGCGCGAGGGAAACGACAUUGUGGAGGUGGAUAUGUGUGAGAAGAGAGCUGGCGUUGUUGAAGCCCCGUCAGUGUCUUAUCCCUCCGGACACCCUCUGGAGGGAACCACUGUUAGCAGGGAUAAAACUGGAAAAAAGUUCUAUAUUAAUUUCCCGUCGGGAGCGAGACUUGAGGUGAAGACCUAUAUUUCGGGUGGGCGUACCCAUAAGGAGCGCCUCCCUGUUAUGAAUGUAGAUAUUCAGGCACCCCCAGAUGACUUUGGAGGGAGUGAAGGGCUUUGUGGAAACUGGAAUGGUUUACCUGGAGACGCUUUCAGAGGAGGGGAUGGACGAACAUAUACCCUCAACAAAAUUGCAGAUUUUGCAAGGAGCUGGGCUCUUCCGACUGGCAGUAGCAUGUUUUACCAGAUUCCUAAAUACGAACAGCAUUUAGCACCUAAAUUUGAAUAUUGUUCCUGUAAACAAGGCGCAGUGGACUGCACCAAAGUUGGCAAUGGCGCCAUUAAUCCCAGCAAGGCUAAAGAUGGGUCAGUCAUAAGUGGCAAGAAUAAACAUCCUCGUCGGUCAGUACGCUCCUACACCGACCAUUACCCUGAUAGAGACAUCGUCAUGGAUCCCAGGAUGGUCGCAAGAAGGCUGAAGAGAAACGCGGAUGCUUCGUUUCCAACACCGAGUGGGAUCACAGAGAGUCAGGCCCAGGAUUCCUGUAAACACUCUAUUAUGACGUCAUCUCUGUAUAACCAAUGUCAUCACACAGGUAUCCUAAAUGACAUCAUGGGCGGAUGUGUUGAGGAUAUAAAGUAUUCUGAUUCAGCAGAAGUAUUUAGGCUGGCUUCUAUGAACGCCUUUGACAGUGCCUGUCACAAUGAGCUUGCCAAAGAUCCCAGCAACAUUCAAUACAUCAACGGUGACCCGGUGUUAAAAUCAUCAGUAUUUGGUUGUCCAAAUCAGUGUUCAUUAAAUGGAGACUGCAUCAGUGGCAGGUGUCAUUGUAACCAUGGAUACAUAUCAGAUGACUGUUCUAUUCAAGUGGGAAUUCCCCCACAAAUCCAUCGCAUCAGAGGAGAUGGGAAUUGUGACAUCAGAAGCAGACCCUGUAGACAAGCUAACGUCAUUGUUGACAACAUCAUGGAUUCAGCAAACCUUUCAUGCAGGGUUACUCCUGUCGAUCUAUCUAAGGGUAGACCAGUAGACUCCGGUCCAGCGGUGACUUACAGAGGAGAAUUCCUCAGCUUUUUAGAGGUUCAGUGUCCGAUUCCUGAAAGCAACGUCAUGAAAGGUCUCAGUGUUAAGGGAUUUAAGAUUUCUGUGACGUCAGAUGGUCAUCAUUACAGCCAUGACGCUCUGUUUAUUGUGGCUGAUGGUUACUGUAUGAAAUGUACAUCAGCAGGUGCCUGUACACACAAUCCAAACAGCUGUUUUAUUGAUGGUAUGUGCCAACGUAGUGGAGACCAAAACAGCAAAGGGGAAGUCUGCGAUCCCUCUAUCUCUACUAACGACUGGACACCGAGCAAAACCGUACAAGAAGUAGACCACUUCACAGCUGCCUUCACCGGAUGUCGUUGUCCCUAUAACAUAAAUCUGUUCGACUGCGCAUGCUGCCAAAAUGGUGGAUGUCAAUGUGGUGAGGUCCAGUCAAAUCAGUGUACAGACUGUAACAACAUGGAGCUGUGUGGAACAAAUCCUGGACUCUUCCCGCCACCAACUCUUUAGUCACGUAAUUCUCGGUUGUGCAUGCAUCAGUACUUUGUAAAAUACAAACUGAAUGCAGUUUUUAUUGGCGUAUUUAUGCAAA